UAGUGUGACGUAUGAAGUGGACGACUGUUGACCAAGGGAAAGUACUACAUGCUUGGCAAUUUUGUAAUGGUGAUUAAACUGACCGUAACAAGUCUGAAUUCCAACGAAGAAAAAUCCUCUGUAGAGUGAAAAUCAUCCACCAUGAUGGAUAUAACAUCGCUAUUCAAAGCAUCAAUCAAGACCGUUCGGACACGCAAUAAAGCUCUGGGAUUAAACAGCAAACCCGAGGACCCAAACCGCAUAUUUCCACGACCUUCGAAAGACUUAACCAAGUUCCAGACAAAAGCGAAGGAGAUUGUCUCCAAUGUGGCCAAGCUAAAGGAGUUUUUGACCGAGAAUCGUAAGGCAUACCUAGACACAAGUGUUCAACUUUUCAAUCAAGUUCCAAAGUUAAGUCAAGCUGAUCGUGCAGAGUUUGAUCACACCACUCAACUUAUCAUAAAAACAAGCAAUCAAUAUUUACAGGAACUUAAGAGAGAAAAUGCUACUCAUAGUCAUGCUAAUGCUCAGACAAAAGAGCAUCGCACAAUUGUUAUUAACAGCAUUGAGCAAUACUUCAAAUCUGUGUGUAAAACUUACACUGAGUUGAAGGAGUUGUACUCUAAGCGCCAACAUGAACUUAAUAAAGUCACAAAACUUGAGGGAGAUGGCAUGGCAAGUUUCAGAAAAUCCAGCUUAGGACUUGAAAGUCCCAGUGACAGUCCAAGGAUCUAUUCCAGCUAUGAUGAUGAUCACCAAAAAACUGAUGAAGAAAAAAUAAAUUUUACUGUAGCUGAAGUUCAAUUGUUUGAAAAAGAAAAUUCCCUUUUGUUUAAUGAACUCAAUAGUCUUACGGAAGAAGUCAACCAGAUUCAAGGACGUGUAGUCAAGAUUGCCGAACUGCAGCAGGUCUUGACCGAGAAAGUUCUUGAUCAAGAAAAGGACAUUGAAAGGAUCGCCACCACCACCGUCUCGGCAACUGAAAAUAUACGCGAAGGCAACGAGCAACUUCGACAAGCAUUACAGAGCAAUUCUGGCUUUCGAAUCGCCAUCAUCUUUUUUAUUCUUGUUCUGUUCUUUUCCAUACUUUUCCUUGAUUGGUAUAAUGAUUGAUCAAUAGAUAAAUAAAGUUAUAUACUGACUGUA